AUGGCUGAUAAGAGGCUAAAGGAAAAAAGGAAAUUAUUUGUUGAUUCAGUGUCUGAGGACACACUUCAUAACUUGCUGGAUGAUGUACUACAUGAAAAAUUGCUGAACCAAGAGGAGAUUGAAAAGGUGAAAAAGGGAAAUAUUGCAGCAACAGCCAAGACCCAUAGCUUAAUUGACUCAGUGAUCCCCAAAGGGUCCCGUGCCUGUCAAGUAUUUAUUGAUCAUAUCUGCCAGAGGGAUUCCACCCUUGCUUACACUGGGGUUUUCUUCAGGAAGAUGAAACAUAAGAGAACAGCAGGGUUUGAGGACAGCAAGGGUUUGGAUGAAAUUCAAAAGGAUAUAUUAAAAACCCUUGCCAAAACCCAUGCUAGAACAGACGUGCCAUCUGCAGAACCUCCAGGUACACUCAAGCUUUGUCCUCGUGAAAACUUCUUGAAACUUUGCAGAACAGCAGCUGGAAAGAUCUAUCCAAUAAGAGAGAAAGGGGACCGCACUCGUAUGGCCCUCAUCAUCUGUAACACAGAGUUUGACCAUCUUCCAAGGCGCAAUGGAUCCACUCAUGACAUCAAAGGGAUGAAAGGUCUGCUUGAGGCCCUAGACUAUAGAGUGGAUGUGAAAGAGAAUCUCACAGCCAAGGCCACAGAGAAAGUAUUAAGAACAUUUGCUUCCUGGCCAGAGCACCGAAACUCAGACAGCACAUUCUUGGUGUUCAUGUCCCAUGGCGUCUUAGAUGGUUUCUGUGGAGUUGAACAUCAGGAUGAAAAACCAGAUGUGUUGCCUUAUGACACUGUAUUCCAGAUUUUUAAUAACUGCAACUGUUCUCAUUUGAAGGACAAACCCAAAGUCAUCAUCAUCCAGGCCUGCAGAGGUGCAAACAGUGGAGAGGCGUGGGUCAGUGACUCUCAAGCAGGCUCAGUAGAAAGCCCUUCACAGUCUCCACUGAACCUGACUCAUGACAGUGUCAACAAGACCCAUGUGGAGAAGGACUUUGUCGCCUUUUACUCUUCAACACCACAUAAUGUUUCCUGGAGAAGUCCAAAGGGUUCUUUCUUCAUCACAAAACUGAUAGACCAUGUCCAAACUUAUGCUUGGGAUUGUCACCUGACAGAAAUAUUUAUGAAGGUUCAACAAUCAUUUGAAAACCCAAAUGUCAAAAUCCAAAUGCCUUCAAUUGACAGACAAACUUUGACCAGGCUCUUUUACCUUUUCCCAGGAAAUUAA